AGCAGGCCCGCAAGAGACACAAGGGAGAGGGUGAUGGGCUGCUUCCUGAAGAAGACAUGGAGGUGGAAAUGGGGUUGUUUGGAAGAAGUGGACCUGAAAAACCAAAAACAGACCCAGCCAACCCAAAGGAAAAGGCAUCGACCAGUCGAAAAGACAUCCCCAAAGUUUUCCAUGACAGCAGCAAAGAUCACGUCACCGUCUUCGUCAGCAACCUGGCCUACAGCAUGGCAGACCCCCAGGAGAAGCUGAAGGAGCUUUUCCAGAGCUGUGGGGAGGUGGCAGAGAUCAGACCAGUGUUCAGCAACAAGGGGACAUUCCGGGGCUACUGCUACGUGGAAUUCAAGGAAGAAAAAUCUGCUCUCCAAGCUCUUGCCUUGGAUCGUACGGCUGUGGAGGGGAGGCCCAUGUUUGUUUCUCCUUGUGUUGACAAGAACAAGAAUCCAGACUUUAAGGUGUUCAGGUAUAGCACUACCCUGGAGAAACACAAACUGUUUAUAUCAGGUUUGCCAUUUUCCUGCACUAAGGAAGAGCUGGAGGACCUGUGUAAAGCCCAUGGAAAUGUCAAAGACAUCCGGCUGGUCACCAACAGAGCUGGAAAACCCAAGGGCCUGGCUUAUGUGGAGUAUGAAAAUGAAGCUCAGGCCUCACAGGCUGUGCUGAAGAUGGACGGGCUGACCGUGAAGGAGCACGUCAUCAAGGUGGCCAUCAGCAACCCCCCCCUGCGCCGGGCACCCGAGAGGCCCGAG